UUCCGGUCAGGGGGCGGGCUCUGCGCGGUGGCGGGAAAGCGGCGGACACAGUGGUGUUUUCUCGGAAGCUGAGGGACCUGAGGCGGCGGCGGCGAGUCCUGUGUCGGCCGGUGGCAACGCCAUGGAUGCAGCGGAGGUGGAGUUUCUGGCCGAGAAGGAGCUGGUCACCAUCAUCCCGAACUUCAGCCUGGACAAGAUCUACCUCAUCGGGGGCGACCUGGGGCCUUUCAACCCCGGCCUACCGGUGCAGGUACCUCUGUGGCUGGCAGUCAACCUGAAGCAGAGACAGAAGUGUCGGCUGCUCCCGCCCGAAUGGAUGGACGUGGAAAAGUUGGAGAAGAUUCGAGAUCAUGAACGAAAGGAAGAAACUUUUACACCUAUGCCCAGCCCUUACUACAUGGAGCUCACCAAACUGCUGUUAAAUCAUGCUUCGGACAACAUCCCGAAAGCAGAUGAGAUCCGGACCCUGAUCAAGGACGUGUGGGACACUCGCAUAGCCAAGUUCCGGGUGUCUGCCGACAGCUUCGUGAGGCAGCAGGAGGCACACGCCAAGCUGGAUAACUUGACCCUGAUGGAGAUCAACACCAGUGGGGCUUUCCUCACACAAGCGCUCAACCACAUGUACAAACUCCGCACAAACCUGCAGCCUUCGGACAGCGCCCAGUCUCAGGACUUCUAGGCAGGGACCGCUUUGUCCAGGCCCGCAUCUGCCGGCAAGAGGCUCCCCAGGCGGCAUGAGUGUUCGGGACAUGACAGAGAUACUCACGUUUCUGGAACUCUAGACCACUUCUGAAUCUACGAAAAAAAGUGCAGUGAAGGAAGGAAUGGGUUUAUAAUCUGGUUGGAAAGCAACAGGCUUAUGCUCAGUUGA